AUGAUUACUUUCAUCCUAAUUUGCUUAUGGAAAACGAGUUUGAGUUAAACUUAAGAUUAACAAUACAUAGAUGUGAAGGGAUUUUAAUUUUUUACCAUCAAUGGCAUUUUAUAUAAAUAACUUUCCGAUAAAUAAAAAGUUACCAUUACUCUUACAUAUAAAGUAGGGGAAUUUCCAAUUCUACUAAUUUGUGAUGAUAAGCCCCAAGAUGAUAAGAUUAACGAUUACAAUUCUAUAUCGAAGUUUAAAUAUUUUUAUUUUUAGAGAAAACUGUAAAAUUGACAUAAAUGCUUAUGAUUAGAAAGUCGAAAUGCAAACACUCUCUUUAACAAAGAAGGAAAAAUCAUAGUCUUUUUAAGCAAAUUUCAAUGUUUAUUAUAUAGAUAAUCCAAAUAUAUUUAUUGGUGCUUACUCAAAACUUUAAUCCACCUUUAAUAUCUCUUCAAAAAUUUAAUCAUUAUAUAAUUGCGCAAAGUAUUAUAAAAUCUUAACUUAGAGAAUGCAAAAAUAGAGGGAGGUGUAUUUAUGGAAUAUGCGAAUGCUAAGAAGGCACCUUUGGAGAUGACUGUAGUGUGGUUGGUACCAAUAUUAAAGAUCUAAUAAAACUAUCCCCGAAUACGUUAUAUUAUUUUGACUUGUACUCAACUGGAACACCAUUUUACAGAACCUUAUCUAAUUCCAUACCAAUCAGACAGCAAUGUUAUGUAGAAACUCCUUUUUUUGAUGAGGGCUCACUCAUUAUUACAAACAUACUUGAGUUAUCCAAUGAGUAAAUUGAAGAAUGCAAAAACCUCACAUAGGCUUUAGAAGAUGAAAGUUAAAUCAAAUUAAAUAGUUACUUCAUUUUCAAGAUCUAUAGCAAAUUUGAAGUCAGCAUUAUUUCAAACGAUAGCAAUGCUGAUGGUUUAUCGAAAAUUAUGAUGAUGAUUUUUAUUCCAGUCUUUGUGUUAAUCUUUUUCUUGCUUGUUUGUUGUGGCGUGAAAUUUUACAAAAGGAAAUUGGAUGAAACAUAGGUUCCAAUCAAAGUUGAAUAAUAGAGCGAAGAGAAAAACUUUAUUAACUUAUAUAUUCCUACGUAUAAAUUUGAAUAGGUCAAGGAAUUAAUUUAAGAGGAGGUCAAUAUAAACGAUUUGUACUGUUCAAUAUGUUUAGAUGCAUUCUCUACAGAACAUGAUGUGAAAGUGACUUAUUGCAAACACAUUUACCAUUCCGAAUGCUUGACUUUGUGGAUCUAGAAGACCAAAGUAAAUUUUGAUCAAAAUUUAGAUAUGUCCUCUGUGUAGAGCGCCUUUAGACGAAAAAACACUGGCUUCAUUGAUUAAUUAAAGAUCAGAGACUAUGAUAGAUCAAAUUUUGAGUAAAAUAUAGCCUGAAUCCAAAUAAAUAAAGAUCUUCACCUUGAAUUCAUUGUCUAGUUUAAAUGGCCCCAACACUUUAUAGGCAUUUUAGAAUUUAAAUUAUUAAGGAAGUUUGGUUUUUGUGGAAUAAUGA